CCAUUCCUCCUUCCAGGCCCUGCCGGUGGGCUACAGGUCACAGUGCUGAACCCCUUCAAUGUGGUGAUCCUCUUCCAGCCAGCUACCCUGCAGUGCAGCUACCAGACCUCGGCCACCCAGCCCCCCAUUGUCACCUGGAAGUACAAAUCCUACUGUCGCAGCCGCCUGGCCAAUGCCUUCAACCCCAGCAGCCAGGAGAGCCAGCUCACCGACCAGCUGCAGCAGAACAUCCCUGGCUACAACCCCUAUGUGGAGUGCCAGGAUACCGUCCGCACUGUGCGGGUCGUGGCCACCAAGCAGGGCAACACAGUCACCCUGGGUGACUUCUACCAGGGGCGGCGCAUCACCAUCACCAACAACGCAGACCUGAGCAUCGAGCAGACGGCUUGGGGCGACAGCGGGGUCUACUACUGCACUGUGACAUCAUCGCAGGAUCUCCAGGGCAACAACGAGGCCUAUGCUGAGCUCAUUGUCCUGGGCUGGUCAGCCAAGGCCUCCGAGCUCUUGCCAGGCAUUGAGAUAGGGCCCCUACAAGAUUGGCUGUUUGUGGUGUUAGUGGCACUGGGUGCACUGGUACUGGUGCUGGCACUGGGUGUGUGCUGGUGCCAGUGCUGCCCCCACACCUGCUGCUGCUACGUGCGCUGCCCCUGCUGCCCCCAGCGCUGCUGCUGCCCCGAGGCCCUCUAUGCAGCAGGCAAGGCGGCCACCUCAGGGGUGCCCAGCAUCUACGCGCCAAGUGCCUAUGCACCCAGCCUCUACGGCCCCUCUGGUGCCCUCAAGCCAGGGCCACCCCCGACUCUCAUCCCCAUGGGGCCUGUCUACAAUGGCUACGGGGCCGACUAUGACCGCGCCAGCUCAGUCGGCGGCCACAGCUCCCAGGUGCCUUUGCUGCAGGACUCCCAUAGCGCCGGGAGCUCAGGGCUGCGCAGCGGGUACCGCAUCCAGGCCAACCAGCAGGACGACUCCAUGCGGGUGCUGUACUACAUGGAGAAGGAGCUGGCCAACUUCGAUGCCACGCAUCCUGGCCCAGGCAAUAGCCGGCUCGAAAAGGCCUCAGUCAUGAGCGAGAUCAGUUCCCUGCAUGAGGACGCCCACCGCCAUGCUGCCCAUGGGCGCCCCCUGUCCCCUCUCAGUGACCUGGAGGAAGAGGGCAGUGAGAGCCGGCGCCUCUUGCCCCCAGCUCGGCGCCCCCGCUCCCGCUCUGUGGAUGACCUGGACCGUGAUUGGUCCCCGGUACCCGAGAGGCAGGGCCGGGGCCGCCCCCGUGAGAAUGGCUCCCCCCACUGGCGGGAGGAGGAGCGCCGUGGGCGCCGGAGCCGCAGCCGAGACGACCUGUGGGAGCCUGAUCCCCGGAGUCGGGCCAACCCAUGGGAGUCCAAGGGGCAGGGCUACGACACAGAGCUCCUGCGGGGGGUGCUGCGGCGCAAGGCUCAGGAUGACGGCGACAGCGGGUCAAGUGGGCGCUCCCUCCCUCCCCCGCCCCCCCCCUACAGUGAGACAGAGUCAGCCAGCGCCUCCCGGGGCCGGGCUGAGCGCCGGCUGAGGCGGAAUCAGGCCCUGAGCCGUGAGAGCCUGGUGGUGUGAGCGCCUGGACCCCGCUGGCCCUCGCCCCCCCUGCAUCGCCCCCGCCAUGGGCAAGUGCUGGUGGCUAUUGGCUCCCAUAGUGGUGGGGAGAGGGAUAGUGGGGGGGCCUUGCAAGGCCCAGUCCCCAGUAGCUUUAUGCUUACCAGGGAUUUGGCCUAUGGACUGACUUCCCCCCCCACCCCCUUACAGAGGACUUGGACCUGCCCCGAGUAGCCUGAGUGCAUUGGCCCGGACACCUGGAUUUUCUUCCCUCUGUGUGGGGUUGUAGGUGGGGACGGGGGAGGCCUCUGGGUUCCUUCCCCUCUGUGGGAGGUGGGGGACAGGAGCUGUGGGAGGCAGUAGAGCGUGCGGAGGAGGAGGGGAGGCCUGAGGGCCCUGAUGACUGGGGUCUCUGCCCAGCUUGCUGCUUACUUUUUUUUUUUUUUUUUUUUUAAGUUUGGUCAUUUGUACAAAAAAUGGAUGUUUUAAAGAAAAAAUAAAUCUUAUAAA